AGUUUCAAGUUUCGGGUUUUCUUUAGUUUGCAAUUUGCAGUCAACGGAAGUUGUGGUGCUUAUAAAUAAGUUAUUCUCACUUUUUUACGCAAUUCUAAGUUGUUUAUACAUUAAACGAGACUCCCGCAAGAGUAUUUUUAGCAAAAAUGAGCAAUAUAUUUGCUCUCGAGGACGAUCAAUAUGACGACGAAGAUGCGGAGGAAAUUUCGUCGAAGCUUUGGCAGGAAGCCUGUUGGAUUCUUAUUAAUGCAUAUUUCGACGAGAAGGGACUCGUGCGGCAACAACUGGACAGCUUCGAUGAGUUCAUCGAAAUGUCUGUUCAACGCAUAGUGGAAGAUUCGCCGCAAAUUGAUUUGCAAGCAGAGGCACAGCACACCACAGGCGAGAUAGAAAAUCCUGUGAGACAUUUGUUGAAAUUCGAGCAGAUCUAUUUGUCCAAGCCAACUCAUUGGGAGAAAGAUGGUGCGCCGUCCCCCAUGAUGCCCAAUGAAGCCAGACUGAGAAAUUUAACGUACUCCGCACCUUUGUAUGUAGACAUUACCAAAACCAUUGUAAAGGAUGGUGAAGAUCCCAUUGAGACACAGCAUCAGAAGACAUUUAUUGGCAAGAUACCAAUCAUGCUAAGAUCCAAGUAUUGCUUGCUCGCUGGCUUAUCCGAUCGUGAUUUGACAGAACUAAAUGAAUGUCCAUUAGAUCCUGGUGGAUACUUCAUUAUUAAUGGUUCGGAGAAGGUCCUUAUAGCUCAGGAGAAAAUGGCGACAAAUACUGUUUAUGUAUUUAGCAUGAAGGAUGGUAAAUAUGCUUACAAGGCGGAAAUCAGAUCCUGUUUGGAACACAGUUCGCGUCCCACUUCAACUUUAUGGAUCAACAUGAUGGCUAAGAGUGGUGCCAGUAUCAAAAAGUCUGCCAUAGGUCAACGCAUUAUCGCCAUCAUUCCCUACAUCAAACAAGAGAUACCUAUAAUGGUGGUUUUUCGUGCCCUCGGAUUUGUUGCCGAUCGCGAUAUUCUCGAGCAUAUUAUUUACGACUUCGACGAUCCGGAAAUGAUGGAAAUGGUGAAGCCGUCCUUGGACGAAGCCUUUGUUAUACAGGAACAGAAUGUCGCUUUGAAUUUCAUUGGUACGAGAGGUGCCAAGCCGGGCGUGACUAAGGAAAAGCGAAUUAAAUACGCCAGAGAGAUCUUACAGAAGGAAAUGCUGCCACAUGUCGGCAUAAGCGACUUUUGCGAAACUAAAAAGGCUUAUUUCCUCGGUUACAUGGUACACCGAUUAUUAUCGGCGUCUCUAGGACGAAGAGAAUUAGACGAUCGCGAUCAUUAUGGCAAUAAGAGAUUGGAUCUGGCUGGACCUCUGCUGGCGUUUCUAUUUCGUGGCUUGUUUAAGAAUCUAAUGAAAGAAGUACGUUUGUAUGCACAGAAAUUUAUAGACCGAGGGAAGGACUUCAAUCUCGAACUGGCCAUUAAGACGAAAAUUAUCACCGAUGGUCUAAGAUAUUCUCUAGCUACUGGUAAUUGGGGCGAUCAGAAGAAGGCGCAUCAGGCAAGAGCCGGUGUAUCGCAGGUAUUGAACAGACUGACUUUCGCAUCGACCUUGUCGCACUUGAGGCGAGUAAACUCGCCUAUAGGAAGAGACGGCAAACUAGCCAAGCCACGACAAUUGCACAAUACAUUAUGGGGUAUGCUUUGCCCAGCGGAAACUCCUGAGGGUGCUGCUGUAGGAUUGGUGAAGAAUUUAGCCCUGAUGGCGUACAUUAGCGUUGGAUCGCAGCCAUCUCCUAUUCUGGAAUUUUUAGAGGAGUGGUCCAUGGAGAAUCUUGAGGAGAUAGCACCGAGUGCUAUUGCUGACGCUACGAAAAUCUUUGUAAACGGAUGCUGGGUCGGCAUUCACAGAGAUCCAGAUCAAUUGAUGGCUACCUUACGCAAGUUAAGAAGACAGAUGGACAUCAUCGUGUCGGAAGUAUCCAUGAUUCGUGAUAUCAGAGAUCGUGAGAUAAGGAUAUACACAGAUGCUGGCAGGAUCAGUAGACCUUUGCUCAUAGUAGAAGGACAGACUCUGUUAUUGAAAAAGAGACACAUUGAUAUGUUGAAGGAGAGAGAUUAUAAUAAUGACGGAUGGCAAGAGUUGGUAGGCAGUGGUGUGGUGGAAUACAUAGACACACUGGAAGAAGAAACUGUUAUGAUAGCAAUGUCACCCGACGAUCUUAAACAAGAUAAAGAAUAUGCAUAUUGUACAACGUACACGCACUGUGAAAUUCACCCGGCGAUGAUCUUAGGCGUGUGCGCUUCUAUUAUACCGUUCCCCGAUCAUAAUCAAAGUCCUAGGAAUACUUAUCAGAGCGCUAUGGGUAAACAAGCUAUGGGUGUAUAUAUUACAAACUUUCACGUACGCAUGGAUACUUUAGCUCAUGUACUGUAUUAUCCUCACAAACCUCUGGUGACGACGAGAUCCAUGGAGUAUCUUAGGUUCCGUGAAUUGCCAGCUGGCAUUAAUAGCAUUGUCGCGAUCUUAUGUUACACCGGAUAUAAUCAAGAAGAUAGCGUUAUUUUGAAUGCGAGCGCCGUCGAAAGAGGCUUCUUUAGAUCGGUGUUUUAUCGUUCUUACAAGGAAGCCGAAUCGAAAAAGAUCGGCGAUCAGGAAGAGCAAUUUGAGAAACCUUCACGUUUGACUUGCCAAGGAAUGCGUAAUGCCAUAUACGAUAAAUUGGACGACGACGGAAUUAUUGCACCUGGUAUUCGAGUAUCGGGCGAUGAUGUAAUUAUAGGAAAAACAAUUACUUUGCCAGAAACAGACGACGAGUUGGAUAGUACGACCAAACGUUUUACAAAACGGGACGCUUCGACUUUCUUGCGAAACAGCGAAACUGGCAUAGUCGAUCAAGUGAUGUUGACGUUGAACAGUGAAGGAUAUAAAUUUUGCAAAAUCCGAGUACGCAGCGUUCGCAUUCCACAAAUUGGCGACAAAUUUGCGUCGCGUCACGGACAAAAGGGUACAUGCGGCAUUCAGUACAGACAAGAAGACAUGCCAUUCUCAUGCGAAGGCCUUACACCCGAUAUUAUUAUCAAUCCCCAUGCCAUCCCUUCUCGUAUGACUAUCGGUCACUUGAUCGAGUGCAUACAGGGAAAAGUGUCUGCUAACAAAGGAGAGAUCGGUGAUGCUACCCCGUUCAAUGAUGCCGUAAAUGUGCAAAAAAUUUCUACGCUUUUACAAGAAUAUGGUUAUCAGUUGCGAGGAAAUGAAGUGAUGUACAAUGGACACACAGGUCGCAAGAUUAAUGCGCAAGUCUUUUUAGGCCCGACGUAUUAUCAACGCUUAAAACAUAUGGUAGACGAUAAAAUUCAUAGCAGAGCGAGAGGACCUGUGCAAAUUUUAGUUAGACAACCUAUGGAGGGUCGAGCGAGGGAUGGAGGACUUCGUUUCGGAGAAAUGGAACGGGAUUGUCAAAUUUCUCACGGUGCGGCACAAUUUCUGCGAGAACGUCUCUUUGAAGUAUCAGAUCCGUAUCGAAUUCACAUCUGUAAUUUCUGUGGUUUAAUCGCGAUAGCGAAUUUACGGAACAAUACCUUUGAAUGUAAAGGAUGUAAAAACAAGACACAGAUUUCACAAGUUAGACUACCAUAUGCAGCAAAGUUGCUUUUCCAGGAACUCAUGGCAAUGAAUAUUGCACCUAGACUUAUGAUACAUUGAUUGACCUUUGGUUUAUUUUAUUUAUAUAAAUAAAAUCUCUUUGAAUUAUAUACAAAUUGUGUACAAUAUUAUAAUGAAAUAUGUGAUGCGAAUUAAUCAGUAAUCAAUUUUUCGUAUAUUUUUGAUUAAGAGAUGUUAUGAUCAAGGAAUACUUCUUAAUAAUAAAAUAUUACUUUAAUCAUAUAAA